UGUCGCCGCCUGAGGCGAGAAAAGGCGGGAAACGCGGCCGCCAUUUUGGCCGCCAUGGAAACGGAGGCGCAGAGGUUGAAAGCGGCUUUUCAUUACACUGCUGCCCGUCUGUGUGAAGAAGUUGCUGAAGAUAAAGGCAUUUGCUUUAGCAGACAAGCCAUCGCAGCUGUUUCUGAGAUCACCUUUAGGCAAUGCGAAAUUUUUGCAAGGGACCUUGAAAUGUUUGCCAAGCACGGAAAACGGAGUACGGUUAAUGUUGAAGAUGUGAAGCUUUUGGCUCGAAGGAGCAACUCAUUGCUGAAGCAUAUUACUCAGAAGAGUGAUGAGCUUUCUUUGAAUAACCUGGAACAAAAAGAAAAAAAGAAAAAGAAAUCAGCUGCUAAGAAGGGGAGAAGAAAUUCUAAUGAGCAUGAAGAACCUGUGGCAAUUGUGAAUGAAGAUUCCAACAUGGCGUAAAACUCAUUCUUGCUGUGUCAAAAUGGCGAUCUCUCAUGUUCAUUAUGGAGCACGGAUCCUCAGUGUCGUCUUGCCUAGAUUACAAUUCUCUGCUUUUUAUUUAAGUAAGCACAAUGUAUUUGACAAAUAAAAGUGUUAAACAUUGGGAGAAGAAAAAUAUACUUGAAUGGGGAACUUAAUACUUUAAGAACCUUGAGAGAUUUAUUUUUUUCUUUUUUAGAAGGAAAUGUCACUUAAGUCCAGAAUUUAUUUAUAAAAAUUAUAGGUCAGUACAGGAGAUGGCAGUUAAUGAAAGAGCCAUAAACCAGAUGGUUUCAUAUUAAGCUUCAUAUUCUCAAGCUAUGUCUUUUUGGAAAGCGUGCAUUCAUUGCCAUCUAAGACAUAACAGUCCAGACAAAUUAAAGGAAAUAUAGUAAAUCUUGCUUCGGCUGAAUCUACGUGCUAGUUGAUGUGGAACAAACAAAUUGUAUGGUUUUAAUUAGGGGACUGUCAGUCCUUCACAGUAGGCCAAGUGAAGAAACAGACCUGACACAGAUUUGGGGAAUGCUAUUUAUUGUAGUAAGAUAGAAUAACAGAAUCUUGAAAGCCUGUCGAAGUUUCUUUCUGCCCCAUCUUACAUUAAACAAAAUCAAAGUGGGGUUAUUUCAAAUUUCUUUCUCAUCCUUCCCCUUUUCUUAUGGCUUGUAAAUUAGUUUUCUGCAAGUCCCCUCUUACCACUUAUUCAUUCCUUCCCUAGGCCCAGGGCCAUCUCUUCAUUCCUUUACAUGGACUUUUAAGUUUGCUUAGCUGAACAGAAAAGAAUCUGAUGAAUGUUUAACAAGAAUGAAUCAAGGAAGUAAUUCUUAGCAGAAGAUAACAUCCAGGAUCCAAAAUUCUGUUUGAGCCCAUGAGAACUUGCUGUAGCCCAGUUGAAUUUUUGGCUGUUGUGCAAUCUCUCAAGCUGUUUUGCACUUCUCAUCCAUUUCAGAUAAGGCUUUUAUUAUGCAGUCCUUUCUGCCUCGUUCAUGCAAUUUUAUAAGCAAUGCCAUUUUCCAUUUGUAAUCUUCCUUUUCCUAAGAUGGAAUAACUAUGUGAUACUUUGACCGUUACCUCUGGGAACCGCCUGUCUGGAAGUACCAAAGAAGCUGAAAAGCCAUCUUAGCAAAUUUACUAAGGCAAAAGCAGGGAGAAAAAAUUGGUGACGAGGAGGUAAAAAAAGUGAGGAAGAGAGAUGCAGUAAAAGUUGGUAAGCCUACAUGUGGACUAUGAACUUUAAAUUUUCUUUUGGGGAGAGAAGAGGUGUUCAGCUGACCUUGGCAUAGAUGCAGGAAUGGGACUCAAAUUGACUAGAGGAAGUUAUUUAAGAUGAGAGAGGCCCAUCAGAAGAAUGGUUGUGCUACUUUAUAAACAAUGAAAGGGAAUUUCAGUUUUCACUGACAAUAAAUGUUUAGAAAUCUCAAGAGAGAAACUUCAGGGCUUUACACUGUCCUGGUUAUAGGAAGAAAAUGUAGUGGGUGGAAGCUGGAGAAGUAACAGCAUAAGCAGUCAAUAGCACUGGAGGAGAAUGAGGGAAAAAUACAUACCUGCCUCUCAGUUCCCUAUCUUGAGAUCUUUCAUGAGUUCACACAGGAAUAGUUCAUUCAGCCCAUUCUUCAAAAUACCUUAGUUAGAUAUAUUUUCACAUUUGAAUUGUACUAGAUUAUCCUAAAUGUCUGAUUUAGUUGAGCAUCUUACUGAAAAGGUUAAUUAUUUUGUUUUGUUCCUCAACUCCUAAUGUUUGGGGUUUUUUUCAUAUCAUACUAAGCCACAGUUUUUAAAUGGGGCUUGGCUGAACCAGACAUUUGGCCUUGCACUUAAGAAAAUCAUAAGGUUUGAGUUACAAAAUUAGUCAAACCACAUUAUGGUUUAAAGCGAUAUGUGACCCCCCAUCACCGAGUGACACGUUCUCUUUGAACCUGACAGCUCCAAUAUCGUGAAGUUAACUACAAGUCAUUAAUAGACAUUUCCCUCUUUAAUGAAAUUGUCUUGUCCUCUCUUAAAACUCUCUGAGCAGUAUCCCUCACUGCAUCUUAUGACAGUGAAUGCCAUAAAUCAAUUCUACAUUGUGUAAAGGAUAACUCUGGUUUGUUGUUUACAGAAUCUACUGACAACCAAUUUUAUCCAGUACUAUGAGAAAUGAAGUCUAUUGAUUUUCUCUGUGCCUUCUAAUAUUUUAGCAACCUAUAACAUGUCACUCCCACUACAGACUUUCUCAUUUGCUUCUACUCAAUAACUUUGUUAUUCCCACCCUACUGCAAGAAGCUAGUAGUGAAAUUUUGCCUUUAUUUUGAAUCUUGUCCCAGGGCUCAUUCUAAUUUUGAAUGUGUUUCAUCUGUAUUGUACUUUGCGGGACUUUUUGCAAAUGUUUUGCCCUUUGGGAUUUUUUUUUUGCUGUUCUGUAUACCCUGGAAAAGUUUCAUUAUUGAUAUUAUACUUAGUUCUGCUACUCAUGAAUCUAUCCCAAGACUGUUGCAGUUUUCUUGACGUUUCUGAGUUGGCUUUCUUUCUUCCCUCUGCUCAGUUUGCCGUGGUGAAUCACUUUUUUGCUAAAUCGUACUAUUUUGUACUCAAAGCAUCCUAACCAUCAUGGGAAUAAUGGUGAGGAAAUGAGGUUCAGUCGGAUGGAGGGUUUUUUUUUAGCAAAUAAAAAUGCACAUGCAGCUUAAAUUGAUGGCAAAUGUACUCUAAUGGGAUCGACACCCAGAGACUCUAAUUAAGGGUUAAAGCAUACAAAAUGCACAAUUUGGAGACUUAAUUGCGCCCCGGCUUGUGCGUCAUUGCUUGAGU